AUGGUACCCGGCAUUGGAGACUCACCCGACCCGUUGCUGCAAUUCCACAUGUUCUUCUACCGAGACGCACAAUAUCACCGCAUUGGUAUCAAUCUUCACCAGGUCCCAGUUAAUUGUCCUUUUAUGGCUCAAAGUUUUGCUUCUCUCAAUUUUGAUGGUCAGAUGAGGGUUGAUGCCAACUAUGCCGGCAACAAACAAUACGCGCCCAACAGCUUCGCACAUAAGUUUCGUCCCGACGCAGCCGAGACGCCGUACGUCGUCAACGAUAACAUUGUGAGCCGGAAGAGCCAUUACUGGCAUGAAGGAAAGAAGAGUGAAUAUGAUCAGAAAAAGUAUAUGGCACAGCAAUACAACGUAUCUCCAGAACUCGCGCAAGGGGCCUAUGAUCUACUAAAGAACCCGCAUUUUAAGAUGAAUGAGGUAGAGAAGCUUGCCGAGACAGCCCAGGAAUGGUACAAGGAGAAGAAAUUCAUGCCCAGCACUGGCGAAAAAAUGGUAGGAUAG